GAAUGAUACCCAGAAAUGCCAGAGGAUGCCAGCAAUAUAUACUUUCAGCAGCCUGUGCUUAACCAGUCCUCCCCUCCGCUAAGUCUGUCCUUCUCUCCUCUUUUUUCUCACAGGGCACGACAAAAACCAAACGCCAAGAUGUCGGAGAAAAAGAUGACAUCGAGUCGGAAGCACCAUCUGAAGAGCAUGAUGCUCUCAAUUGCUAAAACUCUGCUGGAGAAAGAAACAACUGAACGGCAAGAAGAGAGGCAGAAGUAUAUGGAUGAGAACUGCCCCCCGCUGACCCUCCCUAACUCUGUGCAGGACUUACAGGACCUGUGCAAAAAGCUCCAACAAAAAAUCGACAAGGUUGACGAGGAGAGGUAUGAUCUGGAAGCUAAAGUCAACAAGACUAACAAGGAGAUUGAGGACAUGAAGAUUAAAGUGAUCGACCUGAAGGGCAAAUUUAAGAAGCCACCUUUGAGGAAAGUGCGUAUGUCUGCCGAUGCCAUGCUCCAGGCCCUACUGGGCUCCAGGCACAAAGUGACUCUGGAUCUGAGAGCCAACCUGAAACAAGUGAAGAAGGAGGUGAAGGAGGAGGAUAAGGAAGCGGUUGGGGACUGGCGUAAGAACAUUGAGGACAAGGCUGGCAUGGACGGCAGGAAGAAGAUGUUUGAGGCAGAGGCUUAAAUGGGUUACCAGCUGUGCUGCUGUGUUUUCCAAUAGGCGUUCAUGUAAGCCGUAGAGUGCUAUCAAUUUUCAGUUAUCAGUGCUCUUUGGCUGAAUGAUUAUGGAAUCCUGGCUUGCUGUUUACACAUUGUAAACUUUUUUUAGUCAGGUAAUGUAGAGAGGGAAACCAGAGGUGGAUUUCAGUAAUCAUUGUAGUUUUACCAUUGCCUCAGCUAUUGCAUUUGCCAAAACAUUUUUUUAGAAUGUUGUGCAUAUGAAACAUGUAUCUUGCCAAGGGAUAUGUUACCAUGCCAUGCAUAUUUCACUAAAUAAAGCAUGUUAGGAAAAACAG